AGAGGUUGCAAACCAUAUACAUGUAAAUGUCUGUGCUGCGAACUGUGUAAAAAUCCAUUAGCUUGAUAAUGAACACGGCGCUGAAGCGUUGGAGGGAGGCGGCUACAGUCAUUUUAGCCGCAGGACACAAGCUCGGCGCGGAAGGGUUAUCAUGUCGGACUCCGGGGGUCGGCGGUGACGGAGGGUCACUCCUGCACCACAGGUCCGACUUUGAUUACGACGUUUUAUUGCUCAAACGCAGCUCCAAGAGCGGAUUUAUGCCUAAUGCCUAUGUGUUUCCUGGCGGCAUGGUCGACUCUUCGGACUUUUCAAGCGACUGGUUGGACGUUUUCAAAUCCUUCACUAGCUCCCCCAGUUUUGGGUUAAGAACAGUAAAGCAGCCCGUGGAGCGCAGACCCCCAAUCUUCGCGACUGACCGCCGAAAACUGGGCUCCCCUGUUCCGGGAGAGGUCGCCCUGAGGAUCUGCGACGUGAGGGAGACGUUUGAGGAAUCCGGUGUGCUGCUGGUUGUGUCUAAAAAAGAUGAGGAGCGUUUGUUACAAAGAGCUGAGGACAGAUGUGAAGCUCAGCAACACGUGCGGCCUGAUGUGGGCAGCAGGGAGCUCACACAGUGGAGAGCCCUGGUGAACCAGAACCCAUCCAACUUCAUCAGGAUGUGCAGGGAGUUGGAGGUGCUGCCCAACAUCUGGGCUUUACAUGAGUGGUCCAACUGGCUGACUCCCGAAGGCCAAUAUGGCACAACGAGGUUUGACACAGCGUUCUUCAUGUGCUGCUUGGAGGAGACACCGAGCACGCUGCAAGAUGAAAACGAAAUUGUUCGAUUCCAGGUGAUGACAGAUACCAGGAGUCAUUACAGGGGCACUAAAAUAACCUAA